AUGGUUUCUGGAGUCCAAUGGUUGAAUGGGAUACUGAAGCAGCGAACCGAAUGGCAUUUUUAUCUCCUGUGUUGUACAAACGAUGAAUUAGUAAUGAUUCAUGCUGGCGAUAUUGUUGCUUGGAUGCAGAAUACGACACUGACUAUGGCGAGAGGGUUGCGAUCCACUUUAGCUCAGCAACACCAAGGUAGGGACACUGCUUCUCAUAAUAAUGUUACAAGCGACUGCAAGGCGCAGCCUGACGUUGUCGACUGUGGACUUUUAUGCAUAUUGACUUUUUUCCGGCCAGAUGCCGAAACCGAUGUCUGGGGGAGUGUUGUGCUGCCAAAGCUACCCCAAGAAGAAAAUUGCAAUACAAGACGACCGGCCGGCUAUUCCAUCCUGAGAAAUCUUGCUUGGUUGGUUCCUAGUUCAGGUCGUCUCGUACGGAUUUUCACGUAUUCGGAAGUCGUAUGA